CUAAUAUACCACAGACCGCUACCGCCCAUUACCACAAGAGCAGAUCAAGAUGCGUCCCACUGCCCAGGUCGAGAGUUUGAUGCCUACCGGCAAGGCCUACAUCGGAUGGUGGGGUAACAUGGGUGGACCCAAGCAGAAGGGUGUCAUCACCUACGCCGUUUCCCCCUCGCGUCAGCGAGCCAUGAAGGGUGUCUUCCACGGAUACAUAUUCAACGGAUUCAGCAGGUUCAUGAGGCAGGCGCCUUAUGUCUUGUUGCCCGCUAGUGUCGGUUACUCGGUCUACUCGUGGGCCAAGACCAAGUACGAGUGGAACAACUCGAAAGAGGGCCACCACAUCCUCGCCCAGCAGGCCGGUGGACACUAGAGGCAGAGCAGUCGCGGGUUGUAAUUGUUUUUCGCAUACCGGACCUUUUCGAAUACAAGGGUUUCGCGUAAAGAGGUUCGGGAUGGAUCCAAUAAAAUAUCAUUCACGUUGAAAA